AGCCGCGCAUCUUCCGGGAAGAUAAUAAACAAAAGGAGAGAUGGAUCUUCUCCAAUCUGCCUGAUAAUGUGUUGUAUUGGAUUUACGGUUGUUUAAGUGCUUUCACGAGCAGAACACCACUACGGGCUGUAAAAUGACAGAAGGCAGUGUGCCCAGAAUGAAGCGCAAUGGUGCGCGACUUUUCAAGAACCCACCGCAGCCGCAUAUGUGUAUACAGGAUUUUAUACAGGGCACUGCAGCUCCAUGUUAUGUAAAUGUACUGUCUUGGGACAAAAUUGCAAUGCCUCGCAGACCUUCACUGCCUGUGCCACUCUACGGAGGUAUGAGAGUGCCACCACCUCGCACAAAGACAGAAGCCAUUGUGUUUGCCGUAAUGGCCAAUCCAGAAGUUUUACGAAUGAAUGGGAAGAAUGCUCAGGAUCCAAAGAAGCGUAUGAGCUUUAUCGAGUUACUACUAGACUUCAUAGAAGCGAUGAAUGCAGGCGUAAUCUUCACUCGUCGUUAUGCGGUUCUAAAAGAUCGAGAUAUUACGGGCGAACUGAAGGAAGUCUGGAACGCCGUAUUAGCCAUACGCGACAGCGAGCAACGCCCGCCUCAGCAGGAAACCUGGAUCGAUGCUCAACCCUCCAUGUCUCAAUACCCUCAGUAUCUGGAACAGCAGCAACAACAACAAGAAUACACGCCGCAACCGCCACAAUAUCAUUCGACCAUUGCAUAUGGAACUAUUAGCGGCGAAAAUAUGCAUUAUGACGGCUACGGACGUCAGUCUCGUAGCCCGGUUGUCCCUAACAACGAACCGAUCUUUAUAUCCGGGAAUGCCAUACCGCAGCAAUAUCACGGCAAUGUUCGUCAAGUCACGCUCGAUACGUUACUCGAUCGCAACAAAGACAAUCUAAUCAUACAGAGUGCUAUUAGGCACCAUCAGUUUUACGACAGACAGACAUGGCCGCAAUACGUGAAUACUAAAUAUAUGCAUCCGAAUUCGAAUCUGCCACAUGGACCGGUUGUGAAUACAACCACUCCGAUGAUUAACCCGUCGAAUCCAAUCAAGUCUUUCCCACCGUACUCUUAUCAACAACAGCAGCCGCAGCAACAGCCGCAUAUGGACAGUGCGAUGCAUGUUGAUAUCCGCAGGAUGCAGCCGCAGCAACAACAGCCGCCAAUGCACAUGAAUCAUGUGCAACCGCCAUACGAGCAGCCUGGCUUCAACGUACAAAACAACGCACACAGAGCGCCCAGGCCGCACAUGGGCGUCGUUCAGAAAAACAACGUUACCAAGCGGCAAGCGAACUCACCGACGCACAUUUCUUGCACGAAUUGCCAAACGAAGGACGAGCAGUCUAUUAGAGUUCUUCAAAGAGAAACACCGACGGAGCGGCGAGAUAUGACUAAUCAUGUAGAGAACAAUAAAACUCCCGCGGAGAAAGCAGAAGAGCCGAAGACUGUUCCGGUGACAGAUUUAGACGAAGAUCUUAAAAAGAACGAUGAGUUUGUAGCUGAUUAUACGGAAACAUCGACGGAGAAGAAAGAUGUCGAUAGUUCGGAGUCCGCUCGCACCGUCGAUAACACGCCGUCGUGCGAAGAGAAUUCGACGAAGACGGAGAAGCUUUCGUCGGAGACGAAGACGGAAGUGACAAUUGCGGAACAACCGACUGGUCAGAAGAACCCUAACAAGCUCGCGCGAGCACGAAAGGCGUUAACUAAUAUAAGUGAUAAGCAUAAUUCUGUCGCGUCGGAGAGCCCGAAGCGAUCGCAGCCGACGAUGAACAUCAUCAAGAGCGUGUUUAAAAUUAAUCCGGGCGCGUCCGGCGAAGAGACGGCCGGCAAAAAGAAGGCGAACGGUCAAACAACGAAGACGGCUAACGGCAGAACGACGUGCGAGAACGAGGAGCAAGUUCAGCAAGGAUACACGAUACUGAAGAAGGAGGCUCAGGAGGAGAUUGUGAGCGAGAUCGCUCAGAUAUCUAUUCAAGACUGCAAAGACGCGACCGAGGUCGGUCCCGUACUCUCGUGAUAGCCUGGUCUACGCAGCUGCGUCGUCACACGAUCGAGAGCUUCAAUGUAAAUAGGUAGAAACAUUUAUUCAAUAGAAAAAAAAGUCACGGGGAGACGGAAAACACCGCAAAGGAGAAGGAAAAAAUCGUCUUUGACGAUCAAAGGCGCAUUGUCCUUACGAAACACUUCGAAUUCUUCCGAAUCCACGCGUCUUCCUUUUUUUGGGGAAACUCCGGCGGUCGGAUAUCACGCGUAAUUGAAUUCUCUGAUAGUCGAUAUCUGAAAGACACUAUCAUCUGCUAAAGACAUUUCGAUAGUCGAUAGUUUGCCCCUUGAUAAUUUGCAAAACAACAAUUCUUCAGCGCAUUUUUCUUUUCUUUUUUUUUUUGUUAUUAAAGAAACAGUAGUUUAUGAAUGAUUAUGAUAAACUUCAUGCUUAAACAAAGCAGGUCGUUGCGGAUUAAUUAGCAUUAUGUAAUUGUUGCAAACAUUACAUGUGUUGUCAUACUAGCGUAAGAAUACUAUAAGAUCGACAGAGACAGUAUUUAUCAGCUGUCGUCGACUAUGGAAAUGUCUGUAAAUUUAUUUACGAUCGCAGCUGGGUGCAACUUGCAUUAAUGUACAGUUUAAUUAAUCAAUUUUUUAACAACCGUAUUUAAAACAUAGAUUUUAUUUCAAUGCUGCUUUCAGUUCAAAGUAUCGAGUAUAAUUUUCAUAACGUCUCUGGAUCUGUUGAAUUAUUCCGAAAAUUCCGGAAUAUCGAACUAUUGUUGCAGAAUUGAUUAAACGUUUAUUUAUCUGGAUUUGGCAAUGAAGUGGCAAGUCCAAUUUUUUUUAUCGUAGAUUUUAUGGAGAAAUAAGUUUUCUCUUCUAUAAAAAACU